AAAGAGAGAGAGAGCAACAGAUUAAGGGAGGAGGGAAUGAAGGGAAAAGCAAGUAGCAAAAAAAAUCACAUUUCGAAGCAAAAGGACAACAGGUGUCUAGACUUAAUACAGGAGCAGGAACAGAAGAACGCUGGAAAACAAAGAGAAAAAACGAUAAAGAAAAUGAAAACAAGCUGUUCAUGUCAAAGACAGACUACUGAACUCAAAGCCUGAAACAGAGGUGAAUAUUGAACGUGUGCGAUAUUGUUUUGCCGUGUGUCUACAUCUGUUUGCACACAAAGAGUGGGUUGGUAAUUGCUUCAGUGACACGGACAUAGCUUCUGUGAGCAACUUAUAUACAAACCACGGCUGCUUAAAAACCUCCGAACGCAAGAGAUGGAGGGAGGAGAGGGGAGAAGAGCAGGAGGAGAACGAAGCAGCCGGCUGUCGGCCCUACAGGAGCAGCUUGUGUGGUCUCUCCUGGGAUCAGGGCUGUCAAAAGAGCUGCUGAUCCAGGCCAUGGGAGAUCUGGAGCGAGAACGGGCCUCGGCCGGCGCUGAGAGGAUGGAUCGGGCUGACGGCGAGAGCUCGGAGGAGGGAGACAUGGACAAUCCACCUCCUAUCUUCCAUGAGCUGGAGAGGCUACCGCCGGAGGAGGCCGCGAGGCAGAGAGCUGAAGUGGACCAGCUGUUGCAAGAGGAUCCUUGGCACAUGGCUAAAAUGAUAAAAAGCUAUAUGCAGCAGCACAACCUACCACAGAGAGAGGUGGUGGAGUCCACAUGCCUCAACCAAUCCCAUCUCUCCCAGCACCUCAACAAGGGCACACCCAUGAAGAAUCAAAAGAGGGCUGCUCUGUACAGCUGGUACGUCAAGAAAAAGGCAGAGAUUAACCAGCAAUUCACCAAUGCAAGUCGAGGUGUUAUGUCAGGAGAGGAAUCUGGGGAUGAUGUAAGAAAGGGACGGAGGAAUCGAUUCAAAUGGGGCCCAGCAUCCCAACAAAUCCUGUUCCAGGCCUACGAGCGACAGAAAAACCCCAGUAAGGAGGAGAGGGAGGGACUGGUGGAGGAGUGCAACAGAGCAGAGUGUCUUCAGAGGGGUGUUUCUCCAUCUCAGCUGGCUGGUCUAGGCUCUAAUUUGGUCACAGAGGUUCGUGUUUAUAAUUGGUUUGCAAAUCGGCGUAAAGAGGAGGCAUUUCGCAACAAACUGGCACUGGACGUGCCCUAUAGCAGCCAAUCAGCUCCCUCAACAGGCCAGACGCUACCAUCGAGUCCUUCACCAGUUCUGAAGUACAGCCAGCCUGUUCUGAAGUACAACCAUUCAGUGGUUUGUGAGGGUCUGGGUACAGUGAGAAGCUCCAGUGGUGAAGACCGAGGUGGGGGCGCUCGUCUAGCUAGUCCUCUUCAGCUAGAACCCAGUCAUACACUGCUGGAUACACACCAUCACAAACCAGCAUCUUGUGGUGGCUCCUUACCUCCAGUCAGUACUCUCACUUCCCUGCAUGGCGUGUCAGGACCCUCUGCUGCUCCUUCAGGACUGAUCAUGGCCUCCCUACCAAGUGUAAUGAGUCUAGGGGACUCCUCACUUUUCAUAGGCUUGACGUCCUCUCAACCACAGACAGUCCCUGUCAUCAAUAACGUAGGGGGAGGCUUCACUACCCUUCAGCCAAUCUCGUUUCAGCAGCAGUUUCACGCCUCACCUCAGCAGCCAAUAACUCAGCAGCUUCAGAGCCACAUUUGCCCAAGCUCCUUCAUGGCAACAAUGGCACAGUUACCAUGCCACAUGUACAGCAAGGCAGAUCUGAGCUCUUACUCCUCCAGUCUCCUGUCCCAGGCCAUGGUCAUCGCAGACAGCAACAGCAUCGGGACACUGACUAACCUCACAGCUGUUCGACAGAUUCUCACCUCAGAUCCUGAGGGUCACUCAGACACUCCCAUUGAAGAGGAGUCUUUACAUCUGCAGUCCACUUCACCUGAGCCAGUGUCUUCUGGCAGUUUGGAGCUCUAUCCUCAGACACACACAAGUGAAACCCAUCCUUCUCACCUGCUCUCCUCUCCAUCCGGAGAUUUAGACCCUUACAUGCCUACACAGAUGGUCUCUACUGCACAAUAGUAAUGCU